GCCCAGGCGGAAGGGCAAGAAGGGUGAUCCGUAGCGAGGCGCCAAAGUGCCGAGUCUAUGCACUGCCGUUCGAUGGUCAUCGCAUGUGUGCUAGAAGAACAAGGUAAAGUGGUGUGUGGUGUCUAUCAUUCCUUCAUCUUGGGUUACUCUGCUUGAGACGAAUUAUUUGUGGGCUCCUUUCACUCGCCAAUUUUCCUAUACCGUAACACUACCGGUGACCUUCAUAUACCUUCUUUUGUUCCCUCUGUCCUCACUCUCAGCCCUACCUGUACUUGUCAUAUGUCUCAGAUCUAGGAGAGUCGAAGCAUGCCCACUGACGAAUCAGGGCUGGUCCAUCAUCUUGGAUAUGCGGAUUCCCUAAAUGUCGCCAUCAGCAUCUGCCUGACAUAUACGCUGAUCUUUACCUGUGUUCGAAUACAUCUGCGGAGAAGCAGCUUCGGUGCUGAUGAUGUCGUCGUUAUCUUUGCUACCAUUGCCGCCAUGGUACAUUUCGCAACAUCAUAUGCAUGUCUCACAGCUGGUCUGGGGAAGCCAUAUGAUAUGAUCAGGAACAACAUUAGUCAAUUGAGCUCUACUGCAGUAGCAAGUGCAGUCACUUUCAUUCUCGCCCUAUACAUCGCGAAGAUCGCCGCCCUGGUCUUCCUCAUGCGCAUCCAAUCAAAAACUCGCAAUCCACGCCUUCACGUCGUCUUGAUAGCUCUAUACUCUAUCCUUGGAAUUGCCAGCGCCAUCAUUGUAUCAGCAGGUUGUCCUUCAUCCUCAGGCUACUACUGGAACAUCGCCGGAAACAUCGACUCCUGCCCUGGCGAGGAAGCCAGAUGGCAAGUCAUGACAGCAUUGGAUGUAAUUUCCGAAAUUAUUCUGCUGGUCCUUCCCGUCCAUCUAGUCUGGUCUCUACAGAUGCCACAGAAGCGUAAACUCAUGAUCGUGAUAACCUUCUGGACACGCCUUCCCACGAUCCCCCUCUCCAUAAUCCGCCAAACCUACACCUCUCACCUCGCCUCUUCUUCUUCCCCUCAACCCGUUGAUAUAUCCCUCGCGAGCACUUUGGUAACAAUCCUCAUGGCCAUCGAAUUAACCUACGCCUUGAUAUCCUGCACCCUCACGACCUCCAAAAAUUUCACCGAUGGCUUUAGCACUGGCUUCGGAAUGGGUCAUAUGCCCGGCGCCGCUGAGUCAUAUAAUCUAUCUGCUGUGGGGGGGAGUAGUGGUGGUGGUGGGACUGGGACUGGGAUCAAAGGGGGUUAUAGGAGUCAGAUGACUACAGGGGCAACGGGGACAGGGACGGGGACGGGACAUAGGUUUCAUGUCAAGACGCCUAGUUUUGAUGAUGAAGAGGUGGAAGAGGGGCCAUUGCGAUUGAGGCAAGGUGGGGAAGGGAGGACGACUGUCGCUGUGGGGGGAGGUAACAGGUAUUGGGGUGAAGGGGAGAGUGUGAGUGAUGGUGGUCAUGAUGAUUUGGGUAUCGUCAGGCAUACGGAAUAUAUCGUUUCACAUGAUGAGGCGCCGAUAUUGGGGAAACAUAGUAUGGAGAGGUUAUAAGAAGAGAUAGAAGUAUGGUAGAGGAGA